CUGAUUGAGGUAAGUGGGUAGUCAAUUAUCAUGGUUUUUGAUCAAUCAUUUUGUUCACAUACAUACAAUACACCUCUCUCAUUAAUUUAAUUACUUACAAGCUAGCAGCAGCAGAUUCGUAGAUAAUCACUUCCCUGCAGGUCUCACUGAUGAAAUGGACUUCUUAUCAGCAAUCGUUGGUCCUGUCGUUGAAUCUUUAUUGGUGCCUGUCAAGAAACACCUGGGCUAUCUGUUUUCCUCCACAAAACAUGUUGGCAACAUGAGUACCAGGAUGGAGCAACUUCUUGCUACAGGCGCUGAUGUCAAAAGGCACAUGGAAAGAAACAACAUAAGUAAUCUGGAAAUACCUACUGAUGUACCAGAUUGGUUGGAAGAGGUCGAAAAGAUUAAGGAAGAUGCUGAAAGAAUUUCAAGUGACGUCGAUGGGUGUUUUAACUUGAAAACGAGGUACCGAGCAGGAAGGAAGGCAUUCAAGACUAGCCUGAAGAUUGAAGCUCUUAUUAAAGAAAAUAAUGAGACAAUCUGGCGUGAUGCUCAAAUACCUCUUGGAAAAGUGACUUCUAAACUGGCAUCCACUUCUGAUGGUGAUGCCCACAAUUACUUCAAAUCAAGAGAGGAGAUUUUUAAGGAGGCGCUCAGUUUGCUUCAACAGGAUCAAAAGGCCCAAGUGAUAGCCUUAUGCGGAAUGGGUGGCGUGGGGAAAACCACGAUGAUGGAACAACUGAAAAGGGCUGUGGAAGAUAAGAAAAUGUUUAAUUGGGUUGUGAAGGAGGUUAUUGGGCAACAGAUUAACACAUUGUCUAUUCAGCAAACUGUGGAAGAGUACUUAGGACUCCCUGUAACCGAAACAAGUAAAACAGCAAAGGCAGAUCGUCUUCGCAUAACUUUUGGGAAGAUGUCACAAGAAGGUAAAAAGGUUUUAGUAAUAUUGGAUGAUGUUUGGGGGAAGGUUGAGCUUAAAGAUGUUGGACUAAGUCCUUUGCCAAAUGGCUUUAAGUUGUUGCUCACAUCACGAGAUGAAAACGUUUGUACACAAAUUGCUGUAGAAGCUGAUUCGGAUUUUAGUGUUGUUAGAGUAAAUGUGAUGGAGGAGUCAGAAGCGAAUAAUUUCUUUUUUCAAAUUUCAGAAGUUUCAAAUCCGGAGCUCAAAGAUAUAGGAGCUAAAAUCGUGAGAAGAUGUGGUUUCUUGCCCUUAGCCAUCAAACUCAUUGCAACAAACCUAAAACUUCAGGAAAAAUCGGUAUGGAGGGAUACACUUCACCGUUUGAAUGAAAAUGAUCUGGUUGAGAAUGUGCAAAGAAUUAUAGAGAUAAGCUAUAACUUUAUAGCGCAAGAAGAUGCUAAAGCAAUUUUUCUGCUUUGUGGCUUGUUUCCAGAUGACUUCAAUAUCCCAAUCGAGGAUCUGACAAGAUACGCAUGGGGGCUUAAGUUGUUAAAUAAAGUUCACACUGUGGGGGAGGCUAGAGACAGGACAAAAACAUGUGUACUCAAUCUAAAAAAGGCAAAUUUAUUGCUUGAUAGCGAUCAGUCCGAGUGUGUCAAAAUGCACGAUCUUGUGCUUGCUUUUGUGGUAGCUAAAGUUUCUAAAGGUGAUCAUCCAUGGAUCGUUAACCACAGUGAUGUCUCAAAUUGGAGUAGAGCUGAAAUGAGCGAGUCUUGCAGGAGUAUUUCUUCGACAUGUAUGGGCAUGUCUGAGUUCCCAAGAGACUUUAAAUACCCAAAAGUAUCCCUAUUGAGACUUAUGAAUGGCGAUGAAUCUCUUAAGUUUCCUGAUGAUUUUUAUGAGAAAAUGGAAAAUCUUCAAGUUAUGGCAUUUGAGAAGUUGUAUUAUCCUCUGCUUCCCACAUCGCUUCAAUGCUCUACCACCCUUCGAACAUUGUGUCUCCAUAAAUGCUCAUUGAUGUUUGAUUGCUCUCCUAUUGGUGAUCAUCUUUUGAACCUUGAAGUGCUCAGCUUUGCUCAUUCUGGCAUCACAUAUUUACCAUCUGCAAUCGGGAAGCUAGUGAAGCUAAAGCUACUUGAUUUGACAGGCUGUAUCGAUCUACGAAUCGAUGAAGGCGUCUUGAAAAACUUGGUCAAGCUUGAAGAGCUUUAUAUGGUGGCUGCUAAUGGAAGGGAUGUAAGAUUAACAGAUACAAACUAUAAGGAAUUGGGAGAACGUUCCAAGAAUCUAUCUGCAUUGGAAGUUGAAUUCAUUGAGAACAAUCCUCACUCAAAGAAUAUGACGUAUAAUAGACUCGAAAGAUUCAAGAUAUCCAUAGGACGUUAUUUAGAAAGACAUUAUAGUGUCAAAGACAUGCACUCAUCCGAAAACACGCUGAUGAUCAAAGUCGCUAACAAAGAUGAAUUGUUGGAAUCUGGAACGAAUGAGUUGUUUACGAAAACAGAAGUGCUUCACUUGGAAACUGGCAGUGGCAUGAAAAACCUUGAAGAAGUUUUACCGAAAUCCGUACCUCGACACACCUCGUUUUUAUAA